AUGGCAUCUCAGUCGAACCAGGCCGGUGCUCAGAUCCCGCCCCAACCUCAACCGGCCGACUACUCGCUGCCAGGUGUCAUGCGCUACUUGCAAAACGAAUGGCAGCGUAAUGAGCGCGAUCGAAUCCAUUGGGAUUUAGAGCGCGCAGAAAUGAAGACUAGAAUAGCAAAACUUGAAGGCGAGAAACGUGGACUUCAACUUUUGGUUGAAAGUCAUGCCAAAAAGAUUGCCAUUUUAGAAUCCAGCAUUCGCAACAGAUCAAAAGAACAACCGGAAGUGUACGAUCCAUAUACAGAAUCGAAGGCUUUGCUCGAUAAAGAACUUUCCAUGAUUCAAAGUGCAGAAGUCGACCUUACUCCUAUAAUUGAAUCCCGCCAGUAUCUCGACAAGUGUAUUCAAGAAAUUGAGUAUCUGCUGCAGUCCUCGAACAUUAACUCCACAUCUGAAGGUCUAAACAAUGAUCAGCCCAUUGAUGGCAACAAUAACAACUCAAAUACCAACAGUAACAACAUCAACAACAUCAACAACAUCAACAACAUCAACAACAUUAAUAAUAAUAACAACAACAACAACAACAACUCAAACAUAUCUUCUUCAAAUAAUCAGUUCCCCACAGAAAGCCAGCCUUUACAGGAUUCCCAUACUGAAAAUACCAAUGGGUCCAGCAAACCCAAGUCCAAAUCUAAAGCUCUUGGUCCAUGGAAACCUUCUAAAAAGCUGACAGGCCACCUGGAUCUGGUGCGUGCUGUUGUUUUCUGCAGCGCUGACAAACUUGUGACAGGAUCGGACGACGGCACAAUCCGCUUGUGGAACAUUGGCGACAAGUCCAACACAAUAACAACAGCAAUUCAAACGCACCGUGGCCAUGAGGGCAACGUGACAUGUCUUGCGUACGACUCAAUCACUAAUACACUUUACUCGGGCGGUGAGGACCAAAAGAUUCGACUGUGGCGAAACUCCCAGGUCACGGAGAUUGCGUCGGUGGCAGGCCACCAGGACACGAUCUGGGCUCUGGCUCUUGAUGAAGGUUCGCGGCGGCUUGCCAGCGUGUCCAAGACUGGUAGCGCGUGCAUUUGGGACAUUUCUUCGGAUAUCGGUGCAUCACCCCUGUCUGUUAUCCGCUACAGUUCUUCUUCGGAGGAUGAUUCUCGUGAAGAUGCAGAUGACAGUAAUAGUUCUGGUAAUGAUGACAAGAGUUUUGCAUUCCCCACUGCGUUGUGCGUGGCUUUUGCCAAUGCAGGUGCCCAUAUUCUUGUUGGCUAUGACAAUUCAAAGAUGAUUAUGUACAAUGUCAGCACAGGCAAAAAGGUUCGUACAUUUGUUCCUGGCGGUGACAGCAAGGCUCGCAAGCGUGCACGCAAGCGAGCAUCUGGAGGAUCACAACGAGGCGAAGAAGACAAGGUUGAUGACUUGGAUGAGGGCGAUGAUAAGAGUCCUGGAAUUGAGCAUGGCGGGGUUUACGGAAUUGCACUCAGCGACGUGACAGGGCAGGCAGUGGCUGUUUACUGGGACGGUACGGCGCGCACGUUCAGCCUUGCGUCGGGCGAGGAGCUGGGCACGUGGAUGGUGCACGCGGGUAACGGGUGCAGUGUAGCUAUGUCGCCUUCUGGCCGCGAGCUGCUAACGGGUGGAUCCGAGGGCACACUUAAGUUCUGGACGCUUGGAGGUACAAGUACACGGGCUGAAUGGACGUUAACCCAACAGAUUGAGCGGGCACAUGAUGACAAGGCACGCGAGGGGGUUUUACAAGUAACUUGGUAUGCAGGCAAGGAAGGUUCCGAGUUUGCUGAUCGGUUAUGUGCAAGUGCUGGAGGUGAUGCACUUGUCAAGAUUUAUCAACGAGACUAUUUUACAUUAUAG